GCAUCUCAAUUUUGGGCUGUCCUCAUCGGCAUUGAUGCAUACUAUGAGGGGACAAUUUUACGUGGUUGUGUAUCCGAUGCAUUGUUGAUGAGGAAAUUCCUUGUCAAUGACCUUGGUGUGCCAAAAGAGCAUAUCCAGUGUCUCCUCGGCUCUCACAGUCCUGUCCCUGAAGAUGCCUUGACACCUUCCCAUGCCAACAUCGUAAAUGUGCUCUUCAGUCUCAUCCACAAUCGCAAAAUUCAGUUUGGCGACAAUAUAAUCAUUUACUAUGCUGGGCAUGGCUCGAGCUACCGAUGUUCAAAGCAUUCCGCUAGUACAGUGGAAUUAGAAUGCAGCAGAGAUGUCUGUCCUGUUGAAGCACUGUGCCCCAUCAAUCACGACACCAAGGAUGCCGAUGGACGUUGGGUACCCGACAUCAGUGAUCAUGAGCUUAACACUCUUUUG